AUGUCCAACGAUUCUACCAGCCAGCCGAUAGCCGGCAUUCACACCUUUGACCUGCCAUCCGUGUGGCUCGAUGACAUCGCGUUGUGGCUGCGCACUGUAGAGUUCCGUUUCGCCCACCGUCAGAUCACACGAGAGGAUACGAAAUUUCAUUAUGUUGUGGCAGCACUCCCAAUGGACAUCGCCACCGACCUCCGCGACAUCAUAGAUUGCCCGCCCACAGAAGCCCCUUAUACUGCCCUAAAGGAGGCUCUCAUUUCCCGCAUUUCCCUCUCAACGCAAAAACAUCUCCAAUGUCUAAUUUCUGAGGAGGACUUCGGUGACAGGAAGCCUACGCAGCUUCUUAGGCGUUUGGAGCAGUUGGCAGACGGACAAAAGCUGGAUGCUACCAUGUUUAAGCAACCUUUCCUCCAACGGUUGCCUCCUUCUGUGCAAGCCAUCCCUGCGCCUAACAUUCCUUCAUCGACUGUUCAGAUGCUCGCGGAGACUGCUGACCAUAUGCUCGAGUACUACCAGCCUCAUGUUACGGUUGGCGCUGCUAAUCGAAGCAAAACUGCCCCCACAGUCGAGGAUAUCGUCAAACGCCUGGAUGCCCUCACUCUCGAAGUUUCCCAGCUCCGGGCCACUCGUGUCUAUAAUCCUCGUAGUCCUGCAAUUUCUCGCCGCCAGAGAUCUCCCACUCCAAACCAACCUACAGUUGAUGGUUUCUGUUGGUAUCAUCACAAUUAUGGUUCUAACGCCCAUCGCUGCCACUCUCCGUGUAAGUAUAAAACACCCGCGUCGGAAAACCCCCCUGCCGACCAGUAAGGGCGACGAACGUGGUCGGCACAUCCUCUCCCAGUCGCUUACUUCACAUCUAUGACAGGACUUCCUGUCGUAAUUUUCUCGUGGAUACUGGUGCGGAGAUCAGUCUAAUCCCACCCACCUUGACCGACCGUAAGUUACCAAACUCUUCAUUUUUCCUCCAAGCAGCUAACAAUAUUUCUAUUAAAACUUUUGGUCAACGAUCCCUAACACUAGAUUAAGGUCUAAGACGUUCAUUUCGUUGGCUUUUUACUAUCGCUGAUGUCCAUACUGUCAUUUUCGGCGCUGAUUUCAUAUCCUUUUUCGGUCCCCUCGUUGACAUUAAGUCCCAUAAAUUAUUUGAUACUAAGACUUAUUUACGUUGUAAUUGUUCCACUCGUACCCUUUCAUCACCUAAUCCACGCAUUUCAACAAUCCCUUCGUCUACUCCCUAUCAUCGUUUACUUUCAGAAUUUCCAUCUACCACACGACCUUCACAAUUUAACCAACCUAUCAAGCAUUCUGUGGUACAUUAUAUUUUAACUACUGAGCCACCCGUGUUUAGCCGUCCCCGUCGUUUAACCGCCGAUAAGUCAGCCAUAACCAAGGCUGAAUUCAGUCACAUGAUGGAGUCAGGCAUAGUAAGGCCUUCCACUAGUCCAUGGGCUGCACCUCUACAUAUGGUGUGCAAAAAGUCGCUCGUUGACUGGCGCCCAUGCGGGGAUUACCGACGGUUAAACACCUCCAUUGUGCCUGACAGGUAUCCACUUCCCCAUCUCCACGACUUCUCAUCUAGCCUAGCUGGAGCAACAAUAUUUUCCAACAUUGACUUAGUCAAAGCUUUCCAUCAGAUGCCCGUUGUUCCAGAAGACGUUCCAAAAACGGUGAUUACAACACCGUUCGGUCUGUCCGAGUUUGUCAGGAUGCCUUUUGGACUACGCAACUCCGCCCAAACUUUUCAACGUUUCAUCAACGAAGCCCUCCGCGAUCUACCGUUCGUUUUUGUCUACGUCGACAAUGUUCUGGUAUCAAGUUCCAGUUAACACGAGCACCUACAACAUUUGCGUCUCAUUUUUGAACGAUUGAGCCAAUUUGACUUUUUCAUUAAUGUUUCUAAAUGCGUUUUUGGUGCACAGUCGCUGUUUUUCCUAGGACAUCGCGUAGAUGCUUCUGGUUGUCAUCCCAUAGAUGCCAACGUUUCAGCUAUUCACGAUUUCCCUACUCCCACUUCUUUUCAACAACUGAGCCGUUUUAUAGGCCUUGCCAAUUUCUAUCUACGUUUCAUCCCUCAUUGUGCUCAAUUAAUGCUACCACUUACUAACCUUUUACGCUGGAACAACCGUGAGUUUUCUUUUCCGGACACAGCUGUAGAGGCUUUCAAUCGUUCGAGGAAGGCUCUUGUGGAUACAACUGUCCUUGUUCACCCUAUACCUGAUGCCCCACUUUCUUUGUGGCGGUCGCCUCUAAUUUCGCUAUAGGUGCUGCCCUUCAGCAACAGACGCCCACUGGCACCCAGCCCUUGGCUUUCUACACUGCUAAAUUGACACCUCCACAUACUAGCUAUAGCACUUUUGGUAGAGAACUUCUUGCGAUUUAUUUAGCCAUUAAGAACUUUCGUAAUUAUAUUGAGGGCCGAGAUUUUGGUAUUUAUAUUGACCACAAGCCUCUUACUUAUGCCCUCUCUAGUUCUUCUGACAAGUAUUCACCCCGCGAGGCCCGCCAUCUCAAUUUUAUUUCUCAGUAUACCACCGACAUUCGAUUUCUUAAGGGCCUUUAUACUCAAGUUGCUGACUGUCUUUCUCGGCCUGGCAUUAAUGCCAUCACCCGCCCUUCCAUGGAUUUGGAGCGCAUGGCAGAACUGCAAAAUCGGCCGACUUUCAGUGAGAGCAUUCAACACACUAGUCUUCAACUCGAAGCCAUUCCUCUUUCCACCACCGCCGGUACAAUCUUGUGUGACGUAUCGUGCGGUGCCUCCCGACCCAUAGUGCCAAACGACAUGAGACGAGAUGUUUUUGCCGCGUUGCACAAUCUAGCUCACCCUGGCAUCCGCACUACCCAGCGCCUCGUCAGCGAGCGGUUCGUUUGGCCAAGCAUGAACACUGAUAUUCGUCAGUAGACCCGUUCAUGUUUGGCCUGUCAGAAGGCCAAAGUCGGACGGCACAACAAAGCCCCCAGUGGCACUUUUCUCGCAUCCGACGCACGCUUUUCACAUAUCCAUAUCGAUCUAGUUGGUCCCUUUCCAAAAUCUCGUGGUUGCAACUACUUAUUUACUGCGAUUGACCGAUUUACUCGUUGGCCCAUUGCAACUCCCAUACCUAACAUAACUGCAGAUUCCGCUGCUCAUGUUUUUUUGAAACACUGGAUAUCUCAUUAUGGCGUCCCCUCAACUAUUACCACCGAUCGAGGUCAGCAAUUCGAGUUUAGACUUUUUAACAGCCUUACCAACCUCCUCGGAUGUUCUCGCAUACGCACGACAACAAACCACCCCUCAUCCAACGGCCUAGUCGAACGUUUCAACCGGCAACUCAAAGCCUCGCUCCGAGCUCAUGACAACCCUUCCCAUUGGAGCGAGCAUCUGCCUUUGGUCAUGCUCGGUAUACGUACCGCACCCAAGCCCGAUUUGGAGUGUUACGCUGCCGAACUUGUCUACGGUACCACCCUACGGAUUCCCGUGAUUUUUUCGGGCACUCUCAAAGCUCAGACGUCUUGGAUCCCAGCGAUUAUGUGCAAAGAUUGAGCCAAGCCAUGACUCAUCUUCGAGCCACUCCCCCACGUCCUUCAACAAGUAAGUCGUACGUCGAUCCGAACUUACUAACAUGUUCUUUUGUAUUUGUCCGCGUAGAUAGCGUUCGCCGGCCACUACAACAACCCUAUGACGGCCCAUUUCGACUACUAUCGCGCAAGGACAAGCAUUUUACAAUUGACCGUGGAGGCCGCACCGACGUGGUCUCGGUAGGUCGCUUGAAGGCGGCUUAUACCGAGCCUCUUCCAACUUCUCCAACCGAACAACCUCCACUUGGCACAUUGCCAUUUGCUAUUUCCCAGACUCCAUUUACGCCCAAUAACCCCGCGUCUUCCCUUAUCCCACAGACUCCUCCCCUUACCUGCAGCGAUCGUCAUGUCCGUUUUCCCGACCGUUACCAACUGGCACAAUAUGCAUAACACUCUGACAUUUUCCUUCUAUUAACAAUCUUUUUUUGAACUCCGUUCUCCUAAGAGGGGGAGUAUUGUAGUGACAUUUAAGUCCGUUUUGUUUUAAUCAGUUACAAUACGCUUUGACACAACUUUGAAUAAGACAAAGUACACGCACGUGCACUUUUACCUGCUGACGACUUUGUUCUUAUUUGCUGGUUCGUAACUGUUGGGAUACUGCUAUUUUCGUUUCCUGGAUAGCCUACUCGUUGUGUCCAACUAGGUGGUUUGUCUCUUACACAGCCUUACCUGUUUCUCGUAACAUGAUUCCUGUCGGAUCACCUGUGUUCUGUCGUUACCAUUGGACUAGUUUGGACUGGGGCAACGGAGGCAGAUUAACGAGUCCAAAUACUGUUCAGCGUGCACGUUGCUGUCGGACUCGUCGCGACAAAGAAGUUUGACAGCGACUUACGGCAAGUCAACUGAAGUCGAAUUAACGCUAUCACAUAUCCCAGAUACUCUGCUGGGUACUAUAGACAUUCCAACACAUCAGAUGGUUUCUGAACUAAUUGCUGCAUCUAACGACGAUGUCGUAAGCUCUUCAGGCUAACUCGGGUCGUUCUUCCACUACACCAAAGACGUGGCACAUAGUGAGGUGCGGCAGCGUCUGGCACUACCGAGCAGCCCUAUUUCGGGAGGCACUCCUUCCUCUGCAGUGGGGAGGGGCAAGAAAAGGUGCCUUAAACAAAUGCUGGGGAACCCCGCGGCCUGCAGGCUGACCGUGGUCGCAGACGUUAAACUCACGGUUAAGACAAACAAAAUCGAAACAACAACAACAAUGCUCGCUCUCUUCCUCUUCCUGUCUCUUCUUCUCCCUCCCGCCGCCCGCUCACCCGACUGGCAGGGAGAGUCCGCUGAAGAUCUACACGCACGUUGGCUCCCUAGCUUAUUGAACACCUGAUGGCGCUCUUCCAGGAGACGUGGCAUCUAGAAAAAGAUUUCAAAGACGCAACCACCGUGCAUCUCUAUAAACGAAAAGGGAACCGCCAACUCUGCGAUAAUCACCACUGCAUCUCCUUGCUGAACAUCGCCUGGAAGGUCUUCGCUCGAAUUCUCCUCAACCGCCUGAAUAAUCUUAUGGAAGAGGGCCUUCUAUCGGAAAGCCAGUGCGGCUUCCGCCGUCAUCGCGGGACCACGGAUAUGAUCUUCGUCGCCCGCCAACUUCAGGAGAAGUGCCAGGAGAUGAUGACCCAAAUGUACUCUACCUUCGUGGAUCUGACGAAAGCCCUCGACACAGUGAAUCCUGAAGGACUGUUAAAGACCAUGUAG